AUGAUAGCCGUUGGUGUGAAGCGCCACACUCCUCUGUCGAUCUACACGGAUGCGCCGCUGCACUCUUAUUCGCCUCCCAUUGAUCUCAUCGAUGCUCCCUACUGCUAUGGUCACCUGCCCCACCCCUCUCGAUGGAAGUCCCUGUUUGCGUUCUCAAAGGAGCAACGAGCGCGACACCGAUACUUUGUAUCAAACAAGGACAAGGUGGCAGAAAUUGUCCGUGCGAUGGGACUUGAUGCAGAUGAGCGUCAGGGAGUAAAAUCCACUAUCAUUGAAGCGUAUCCGGGCCCUGGCACUUUCACGCGUGCCUUUAUGGAACAUCCGGCCGUGGAAAAAGUAAUUUCCAUGGAAAAUGUACCUCUUUUCCUGUCAUAUUUGGAAGAAUUGCGCGUAGAUCCCUCGAUGGGGAACAAUUCUGAAAAGCUCAGGCUUAUUCCAGAGUCAGGGUACUCGUGGGAUUCAUAUGAGAUGCUGGUGAAGGAUGGGCACUUGUCACACCUCGAGGGACGUGUGCCGAAGCUAGGAGAUCAUGCACCUCCGAUGGAUUGGGACGGUACGUCUUUUUCUCUUACAUUAGCGACAAGUCCUAUUGUAUUUUUUGCCCAGCUGCCAAAUACCGUACAUGGCGAACAACUGUUUGCCCAGCUGGUCAAUGCUAUUUCUUCGCGGCUGUGGCUGUUCCAGUUUGGCCGCGUAAAAAUGGUAUUCGUGUGUGGUGAGACGGUGGCGCUGCGUUCGAUGGCAUCACCACAAGACCCUCGCACGCGUGCCAAGCUGGGUGCCACGGUGCAGUGCCUGAGCACGCCGCGGCAGCUACUUACAGGAGACGAGAUGGAGCCGUAUGCCGAACACAUGUACCCUCCGACGCCGUCCAUCGGUCCGCGAGUGCCAGUAACAUCGAUCUUCAUCCCUAACUCAAACAUUUCUACGGGCCUGCAGAAGCGGAAGUUGACGGCGUUGGAGAUCGAUCCAUUGCGUUCGCCGCUGAUCGAUGCGCGUGACAUGGACUCAUUUGAGUUUCUUACCCGCAACAUGUUUGUGCUCAAGUCCAAGACGGUGAUGGAGGGACUAAAGCACACGGCGCCAGGCGCGAACAACAUUCUGCGCCUUGUCGCUCCAGAGCACCCGCGCAUGAAAGACCGUCCAGACGAUGUCGUCUUACCUGAUACCCCCAUUGUGGAGCUGACCAAUCGACAAUGGGCCUCGUUGGCCUCCGCGUUCGAACGGUGGCCAUUCCGCCCCGACACCCAUGUGGACGAGGGCCGUAUGCGUCGCGGACUGACUGAAUACCUUUUCUAA